AGCACCGUAGUCGUCCAAGAGCAGAAAACACUUGAGGAGUGUUGUGUGCAGCCAAUCGUCAGUUCGAGCCCGCAAGACUCCACCAAGGCUGGAAGUGGGAGGGAGGACUUUGGGAAGCAAAACAUGGCGAAAUAACAAGUUCGGCUGUUAGCUGCAGUUUUAAAAAACUGCACCGUCUCCCGCAGGGUUGGACCAGAAACACGGUUUUAUUUCAGAUUGUGGACGCCGGUGAAGGAAAGCGACGCGUAACUUGAGGGAGUGGAGGGCCCCGGCUGACGAGUGCGUUACGGUGGCUGGUGAGAACACUGCCCGCCCGCCUGCGUGUUUUUCCCCCCGGAAGGUUGGCAGUGCUGGGCGCGACUGACUGACAGCGAGAGAAAAUGGAUGAAGGAGGAAAGUUUACCGAGACUGUUUAGUGUGGUUAGCUUAGCCCCGUUCGCUAGCCGCCUAGCGUUAGAUCGAUCGUGCGCACCUGACUCGGUGGUUGCCCUGCGCUCCGGCUGAAAUUUGAGGAAUAUUUAAGUCGUGGUAACAAGUUUGACAACUGCAGCCGCAAAGGAUCGUGUUUAUAACGAGGCCGAAAUAAUAAUAUUUCGGGACCUGUGCCAUAUUACUACAGUGGGAGGACAUUUUUCCGGGCUGAUAAUGAGAGCCUGACAGUUCUGGUGCGGACGGACCCGGACGCCAUCACAUCAGACGUUGCGUUCUCCUUAAAAACAACCACUGCGUUGCCUCGUCGUCAAUCUGUAAAAAUCAAGCAGCCUGACCAGGGACGUCUGAGCGGUGCACCAGCCUUUUCUCAUAGAGUUUCUUAUCUUAUUUCCCGCGUCAUUCAUAUUUUUUCCUUCGCUGUGAUGUUGUGCAGCAGCGGAGACGCGGCGCCUCGUCAAAAUGAACGCAGCAAGGUGUUCAACAACAGUGGAGGUGCAUUGCAUUGAAAAGCAGCGGUACCGAUGCUAGCGGUGACGUUUACAGUCUGUGGAAAUCUCUCGUGGAAGUUGAACGUGUUUUGAGCCGACAUCACCGCCGGGGUUUUCUCCUCAGCGACUGCGGAGGACAUCACAGCUCUGCAGCCGGAGUUUGACGUUAGCUAGCCCGCUGGGUGCGUCUGUGGCGGCUCCUAUCUGCGAUGUGUUUGCUUAUCUGAGAGCCACCGUGUUGUUCCGCACAUCAUCGGCUUUAUAUAUAUUAUUUUCUCUCGAAGGAUAAGCCCUGUCACGCUUAUCCAAACACCCAGUUCAGAUCUUCUUCCACACUUCUUGUCAAAUUAGUGGCUAACUUGUUAGCUAACGUUACAAGUUUCCAGCUAUGUCUGAAAACGCCCCCACACGAAGCCUGGACGACAUCGACCUCGCAGCCCUGAGGGAUCCAGCAGGAAUCUUUGAGCUGGUCGAGGUUGUCGGCAAUGGGACUUACGGGCAGGUGUACAAGGGCCGUCAUGUGAAGACUGGUCAGCUGGCUGCCAUUAAGGUGAUGGAUGUUACGGAGGAGGAAGAAGAGGAAAUCAAAGCAGAAAUCAACAUGCUGAAGAAAUACAGCCACCACCGCAACAUAGCCACGUACUACGGUGCCUUUGUGAAGAAGAGUCCACCAGGACACGAUGACCAACUAUGGCUGGUGAUGGAGUUCUGUGGGGCGGGAUCGGUAACCGACCUGGUUAAAAACACAAAAGGUAGCUCUCUGAAGGAGGACUGGAUUGCUUACAUCUGCAGAGAGAUCCUAAGGGGCCUUUCUCACCUCCACGCCCAUAAAGUCAUCCACAGAGACAUCAAGGGCCAGAAUGUGCUGCUGACUGAGAACGCAGAGGUUAAACUUGUUGAUUUUGGGGUGAGUGCUCAGUUGGACAGGACCGUUGGGCGUAGGAACACCUUCAUUGGGACACCUUACUGGAUGGCACCAGAGGUCAUUGCCUGUGAUGAGAAUCCUGACUCCACCUAUGAUUACAGGAGUGAUAUCUGGUCCUUGGGGAUCACAGCUAUUGAGAUGGCAGAGGGAGCUCCUCCCCUGUGUGACAUGCACCCGAUGAGAGCCCUCUUCCUGAUUCCUAGGAAUCCCCCUCCGAAACUUAAAUCCAAAAAAUGGUCCAAGAAAUUCAUUGACUUUAUUGAGGGCUGUCUUGUGAAGACGUAUCCCAGUCGACCAUCCACAGAACAGCUGCUCAAGCACUCCUUCAUCAGGGACCAGCCUACUGAGCGCCAGGUCCGAAUUCAGCUCAAAGACCACAUUGAUCGCACACGCAAGAAAAGAGGGGAGAAAGAAGAGACAGAGUAUGAGUACAGUGGCAGUGAUGAAGAGGAUGAAAACCGUGGAGAGGACCGUGAGUCAAGUUCAAUCCUCAAUGUACCUGGUGAGUCCACCCUGAGGCGGGAUUUCCAGCGUUUGCAGCAAGAGAACAAAGAGCGCUCGGAGGCUCACAAGAGGCAGCAGGCCCAACUGGCUGCUCAGCGCCGGGACCCCGAGGAACACAAAAGGCAACUGUUGCAUGACAGACAGAAACGCAUUGAAGAGCAGAAGGAACAGCGCCGCAGACUUGAAGAGCAACAGAGAAAAGAGCGAGAGAUGGUGAGGCAACAAGAAAAAGGUCCCCACCGGAGACUCGACGAUAUGAGACGGGAGGAAGACAGAAGGUUGGCUGAGAGGGAGCAGGAGUUCAUCAGACAUAAAUUAGAAGAAGAGCAACGACAGUUAGAAAUCCUUCAGCAGCAGUUGCUUCAGGAGCAGGCACUGCUUAUGGAGUACAAGCGUAAGCAGCUGGAGGAGCAGCGUCAGUCAGAGCGGCUCCAGAGGCAGCUGCAGCAGGAGCAUGCCUACCUGGUGUCUCUGCAACAACAGCAGCAAGAAAAGAAGCCCCAGCUCUACCACUACAACAAAAACCUGGAGUCCAACAACAAACCCACUUGGGCUCGUGAGGUGGAGGAAAGAAGUAAACUCAACAGACAGGGCUCGCCAAAAAUCUGCACCACUGUCUCUGACACUGCCAUCCAGUCACGCUCUGACUCUAUCAGCCAGUCAGGAGUGGCCCAGUCUGCUCAGACUCCACCGAUGCAGAGGCCUGUUGAACCCCAAGGAGGACAGGGCAAGUUCCAGAUGGCUCACUUGGUUCCUCUGAAGCCUUAUGCUGCCCCUGUUCCUCGCUCCCAGUCCCUCUGUGACCAACCCACUAAGACCAUGUCCGCCUUCCCCACCCAGGAUCCCUCACUCACCCCCACCCCCCGCCCCAUCCACUCUAGAGAGUUGGUGCGUCAAAACUCUGACCCCACCUCUGAAACCCCCGCACCACAGGCACACCAAAUCAGAGAGGAUCGUGGGCCCUGGAUCCGCCUGCCAGAUGUGGAACUCCCACCCAAGAUUCCCCAAAGGACAGCGUCUAUUGCCACAGCUCUCAACACUAACCUCACCUCUGGCAUAAGGCAUCCAGUAAGAGCCAGCAAUCCAGAUCUCAGCCGCAAUGAUCGCUGGGAGAGAGGAGACAGUAUGAGCAUCAUAUCCAAUCUGCCCCAGACUGGCUCUCUUGAGAGGCAUCGCAUUCUCAGUUCCUCCAAAAUGGAUUCGCCCAUUCUCUCGCAUGAUAGCCGCCAUAAGCCAGGGGAGUCCCGCACCUCCUCCCGCCCUGGGCGUCCUGCUAGCUACAAGAGAGCUAUAGGGGAGGACCAUGGUCUCUUUGCCAAGGAGCGUGCUGAGGAGCAGCCAAGACCACCAGUCAAGGCCAACGACUACUCCUCGUCUUCUGAGAGCAGCGAGAGCAGUGAGGAGAGUGAGAGUGGCGAGGGAGCAGAGGAGGAAGAAAGCCCCACAGAUCGUCACAGGGAUGCAGACACUGAUUCAGUCAACACAAUGGUGGUUCAUGAAGACGAAGGUGAGGUGGGAGAUGGAGAGCAAGCUGGCGGCUAUGGGGAUCAGACCAUGCUGGUGCAGAGGACCCCAGAGAAGCGGAGCCAUAAUGGAUACACUAACUUGCCUGAUGUGGUGCAGCCCUCCCACUCCCCCACUGAAUCAGCCACUCACUCUUCCCCUGGGAAAGACUCUGUUUAUGAUUAUCAGUCCAGAGGUUUAGUUAAAGCAUCUGGCAAGUCCUCCUUCACCACCUUUGUUGAUCUGGGCAUGUACCAUUCACCAGGAGGUGCAGGGGAUAACAUGUCUGUCACUGGCUCCAGGUUUGAGCAGCUGAAGAUGGAAGUGAGAAAAGGAUCCAUGGUGAAUGUCAAUCCCACCAACACACGUCCCCCAAAUGACACACCUGAGAUCCGCAAGUACAAGAAGAGAUUCAACUCUGAGAUCCUGUGUGCUGCACUUUGGGGUGUGAACCUAUUGGUGGGCACAGAGAACGGUUUGAAGCUGCUGGACCGUAGUGGUCAGGGCAAGGUUUACCCCCUCAUCAACUCCCGUAGGUUCCAACAGAUGGACGUCCUGGAGGGCCUCAACCUGCUCAUCACCAUAUCAGGCAAGAAAAACAAGGUGCGUGUCUAUUACCUGGCCUGGCUGAGGAAUAAGAUCCUCCACAAUGACCCUGAGGUGGAGAAAAAGCAAGGCUGGACUACUGUGGGCGAGAUGGAGGGCUGCGUGCACUACAAAGUGGUGAAAUAUGAGAGGAUAAAGUUCCUGGUGAUCGCUCUGAAGAAUGCGGUGGAAGUGUAUGCUUGGGCACCCAAACCUUAUCACAAAUUCAUGGCCUUCAAGUCUUUCGCAGACCUCCCACACAGGCCUGUCCUUGUUGACCUAACAGUGGAGGAGGGUCAAAGGUUGAAGGUCAUUUAUGGCUCUUGUGCUGGUUUCCAUGCCAUUGACGUGGACUCUGGAAACAACUAUGACAUUUAUAUCCCUGUGCAUAUUCAGAGCCACGUGACACCACACGCAAUUGUGUUCCUGCCCAGCUCAGAUGGCAUGGAGAUGCUGCUGUGCUACGAGGACGAGGGCGUCUAUGUCAACACCUACGGACGCAUCAUCAAGGACGUGGUCCUGCAGUGGGGCGAGAUGCCCACAUCUGUUGCUCAUAUCUGCUCCAAUCAGAUCAUGGGCUGGGGAGAAAAGGCCAUAGAGAUCCGGUCAGUGGAGACUGGACACCUGGACGGUGUGUUCAUGCACAAAAGAGCUCAGAGGCUGAAGUUCCUUUGUGAGAGAAAUGACAAGGUCUUUUUUGCAUCUGUGCGAUCUGGAGGCAGCAGCCAGGUGUACUUCAUGACCUUGAACAGGAACUGCAUCAUGAACUGGUGAAGAAAGAUUCGUUCUGGUCAGUUCUUGGAACCGUUCGGGGGUUCGAAGAAGGAAGUGCAUCCGAAAUUCUCGCAAACGCAUGCACACAAUUGUGAACACGUCUCUCGCUUUCUCUCCAGCUCGCUCUCACCCAUGCAGUCUCGCUUCAAAGACACACAUAGACAAACACACACAUACACAAACACAAAUAA